AACAUGGCUGCUGACACUACGUUCGUCGAUCGUGAACUAUCAAAAAUUAUAAGGAUUGCCAAAGAAAAUACGAUCUUUCAUGGCCAGACUGCCGAGAAUCGUCUAGUCGAGAAGGAUGGAGGAAAAGGUUGAACUUUUGAAAUGUCUGGAGGAAAAAAUUUGCAGUGGCAAGGCCACGAUAGAUCGGCUGAAACUCGUAGGAAAGAUCGAUGGGGUUGAGAAACUUAUAAGAAAAAUUCAACAGGAGAUUAGAUUUUUAGAAAAGGUACAAUCUACAGGAAAUGUGAAGAAAGAACAUCUGCAGAGCACGAACUUGAUUCAUUUAAAUGCCAUUGUUGCACGUUUGUUUUGCGCCAACGAACCCACUAAUGUUAUGAAGCCGUUUAAAUAUCAGAAAUCACGUCUGGAAGUAGACAUAGUAUGCAACGGUGGAGCUUCGUGGGUAAAGGUUAUCGCUAGGAAUGCUAGAGCUCUUACUUUGAUCUCUAUGGGCAACGGAGAAUAUGGCCAGAAAUCUGUGCUUGAUCAAGCAUCCAGUUACUUGCAAUGCGCAAAAUGUUAUCCAUAUCUAUAUAGACCACCAGACAUCGUAUUCCAUUUUGCUUAUGGCAUAGAAAUACCUUUAGCCACACGCUUGGAACUUAUGGGAGUAAUUGUUGAAGGAGAUAGAAUUCCAUGCGAGGAAGAAAAAAGCAUAGACAUACAUGAUGUAAAUGAAAAAUUUUCUACGUGGAUGCAUAUGUUAGAAUUCAAUGGAGAAUCAUUAGACGAGUACAAAAGGAAUAGAAAUUCGAAUCUAGACACUCUUAAUAUCUCUUCUCUGGUGACUGAAAUAAAGAUCCUUAAUCUGGAUGUAUCAACUUUACUAGCAUACGUGACAAAUAUGACUAACGGGUAUGAUCAUUUUAUUUAUCGUGAACCGUUACUUACGCAACAAGCAGAAAUGGAGAGAAAACGUCCGGUGAAACCAAUUUUAGAAAACAUAUUUGAAGAUUCCUCGAGCAACAGGACAGGCGAAAUCAGACGGUGCAACAUCCACAAUGCGUCGGAGCAGUGUGGUCCUAACGAAAGAUGCCUUCAGAAUUCAAAGGACGAGGAAGCGCAGUGCAUGUGUCAGAAGGGUUACGAGCUGAAGAACAAUCUCUGUACCCUCAUUGCACCCACAGUCGUUGUACCCACCAUGGUUCAACCUGACGUCCAAGUUGACUCGGGAGGUAGUUCUGUAGCUGCUGGUUUGUUAAUACCAACCUUCCUCGUAGUAAUCGGUGUCUUGCUGUACCUUGGCGCGAGACGGUACAAGUGGCUGCAACGAUUUCGGCUGUUUCGUCCGAAUCGUUACGGUAACGUCCUAGUGACGAGAGACGACGACGACGACGACGAUCCACCGAUAGCGUGAGGAAACAUUUAACGAUAAUUGAACGCUCGUGCCGGAUAGUGCAUCUUCGUCGAAAGAAACAUGGCACGAUUAAAAGCGACAGGCUUUGAGUUUUCGUACCGAGAUACGAACCUUCGAACUCCACCUUCGAUUCAUUUUUCUGCACGUUUACUCGAACGUUCGUACUCUCGCGGCUGUUUGGAAGUUUCGCUGUCCUCUUGAAGCUUGUUACGCUUAGGGAACAAUGUAUCGUGUAACUCUCUGUGUAUAUAUCGAAACGUUUAGGUACAAGGCAUAUAUACGAGGGAAAUAUCGUCGAACUGAAUUAAGAGGCUAAAGCAGCGUCGAUGACGCGUUAUGCUGGUAUAUCCAGAUCGUACGAUUGAUAAUUUGUAAUCUUCUCGAGAGUCGUCUAAGCGAGGACGCUGCUACUUACGAUUAAUUUUGUGUUCUGUAUACACGAUGGUUGUAACGAAUACGGAGAUAAGUGACUGCGUUUUCGAUAGAUUUUAGGAACAUGAAAGCAUAAUUUUCUACGAUGAUACUAACGUAAGAACAGGUCAGUUUACGCGCUAUCGACAUUGUAUAAAGACGGUAAUUAACUUGAAUUUUCGCUCGACAUUAAAUCUAAGAUUGGUCAGUGCUCUCGACAAAUUACGGGCAUCAUGAUUAUCCGCGAAUCUUGUAUUUUUUUACGUGCACCACGAUCUACCGUUACUGCUUAGUAUAUGAAAUUUUGUACAAAUUGAUAAGGCUUCUGGAGUAUCCGGUUGUAUCGCGUAGAUAAAGUUUUAUCGUUUUCUCUCUGAAUGUCUUGUUCUUUCGAGGAUAACUCUACGAACGAAGAAUAUAUCGACGACGUUUGAUUUCACUUUACCAAAGAGAGGUUCGAGGAUCUAAAUUAGUACAUUCUUUCGUACAACCGUUAAGAAUUCGAGGCACGAAUCUUUUCGCCCGAACCACGAACUAUACAUUCCUUCAGUAUUUCCGUACCGUUACUGUUCUGUAAAUUAUUGCAACUGAAUUGAUCCGAUUCGAAGGAAAGGAAGACUGUAAAGCGUGCGAAACGGAGUUGGCAGUUUCGAGUUAACUUUCAAACUGCAAGACGUUUAGAAGCUACCGCACUUAUACCAAAAGAAACCUUGCAUUUUUGUUCCGCUCGACGUCGCUUGUGUAAUAUAACAAAAUUUGUAAAUAAUUUCCCGCCAUUUCGCGGAUGCGCAUUCUUGCCAGCCAACAAUUUUUAAUUUCUACGUAGCGUUAUAAUGUAACCGUGAUUCCGACAAAAAUUGCAUUGUCUAUAAAUAUAUAUAUAUAUAAAUACUCCUAAACAAGAAAGAAGCUCUUGCUCGCGAGAGGAUAUUGUACGCGACAUAUACAUAUAUAUAUUUAACCUAUUCUUGUACUCUAUCAUUUUUGUACAGAAUUACGCACUAGAAGCAAAUUGUAAUAGUUGAACGGUGCUCGAUUCCGAUUCGUUAGACUCUUUAGAUCGAUCGGUGUCGCGAGGCGAAAUUUCAUAUUUUUAUAGUUCGCGAGUACAAAUUGAAACGUUGCGACUGGUACUAGCGAAUUAUCGUUUCCGAUUACGUAUCGCCGAAAUUUCUCUUGCAUCUUGCAACGUCGAUACAGACGCGAUAACGACACCAGCCUCCGCUCGUUGCUACAGAGCUUUCUAUGCGAUGCAAUUUGACAAUUUGACUGAACGUAAUCAUCGUUACCUUUAAUUUAGCUAUAGUCACGUUAACGCAAAAAACGCUUCGUAACAUAUUGUAAUUCGUUUCGUAUUUAAAAGGAUUUGUAUCGCGUGCACGUGGCUCUGUUAAGUUGUAAAUGUUUGCUCUGUGAUGAAUUUCAAGUUAUCUUCGACGGAAUACUUGCCAUCGAUUAAAUCGCAUUUCCGUGGCACAAUUUGUUAACGGUGAUAUUUACGUGCUAUUCUUCGACUUUUUCUAUAUUAUACGCGUAUAUUUUACAUGUACCGUUAUAUUGACAACGAAACAUCGCUUUCGUAUCUUAUGCUCGUGAUUGUUUUUCAAAUCCUGUAAGAGAUUCCUGGUUGUCUUGAAACAUGCGUUCUGAAUGAAUCAUCCGAACUAGAGGUCAUCGCUGACCGCAACGAAGAAUUUUGUAAAUAUUUCAAUAAGGAUAAAUAUGGAAUAGAAAAUAAAGAAAAUAACUGCGAA